AUGGGUCACUGCGAUAUCCUGAUGAUACAAGAUAAAUUCUCCAAGCAUUGCACCGCUCUACCCCUUAAGGAUAUCAAGGCUCACACUAUCGCUCAUGCACUAGCAACCAAGUAUGUAGCCCUGUACGGAUGCCCCAAGAUAAUCUUCUCAGAUAAAGGGACCAGCUUCCUCAGCAAAUUGUUCAAUCAACUGGGAAAGGUCCUGAGAUUCCAUCAUAUAACGACAUCUGGAUACAGACCUCAGUCAAAUGGAGCUCUUGAGAGAAGUCAUCACGUACUAGCCGAACAUCUGAAGACCUUUACCGAUGAAUUCACCGACUGGGACGAGCUACUCCCCUACGCUAUGCUAUCGUACAACACCACGAAAAUUCACCAUCUCGCCUUCGACCACCUAGAAAAGGCCAAACUACAUUCCAAGAGCCUUCACGACCGAGACGCUAGACCAAUAGACAUCAAAAUAGGGCAAUUCGUCUACGUCGAGAAAGAAUCCAAGAUUGGAAAAUUGGAUCAGGCCUACACAGGACCCUAUGAGAUUGUCGACAUCACAGAAAAAGGAAACGUGUACCUAGAAAGUGAAGACGGACACCACUUCAUGAAACAUCCAAAUAAGCUGAAACCCUGCGCAGAAUAA